GUAUGCAGAACAAAAGCUACAUGAGUUGUACCCCAACAACAUGUUGGAGUUUCGAGCGCCUUUCUACGCACUCGAAACGGCACCAUCUCGUGGCAUUGACUGACGCAUGCCGCAACCUCCGCCGACCAGUCAGCAUCCGGGAGGGGGUGGUGGAGGAGACGAAGGAGACGGAGGAGGUGGCGGAGGAGACGGCUCACAGUUUGCCGGAAAGGGGACUGGCGAGACAUCGUCGGUUGAGAAGGCGUCGGGCGGAAAGGGGUCGAGCGGGAAGGGGUCGGGCGGAAAGGGGUCGGGCGAAAAGGGGUCGGGCGGAAAGCGUAGAACGUCCGGGAGUCCCGAGUAUAUGGAAAUUGACCCCCACUGCGUAGGGAGUCGAGAUUCCGACAUGCGAGACGAGGCCGUCCUGACGUCUGAUCAAGUCCGAGUAGAUUCGCACUUGUCUGCGAGGAGUUUGUUUCCCGUUGCCCAGGAGAGUCCAUCCCGCCGUGUGCAGCAGAGAUCUCCUGUGCUCAACACCUUGCUCCCGAAAGAGGGCGCGUCUUCGUUUUGCCUGGAGGGCGGGAUGCCUGCAUUGCGAAGGAGCGAAGGUGCGACCUUCAGUUCCCUCAGCUCGGGCGACCGCCACAAACUCCGAAUACAUUCGGAUUUGUUGUCGUCGCCCUACGCCAUAAGUGCUCCUCACGCAACAGUUCCGCGGGGCCUAGAAAAUGUGACGUUCUGGCCCCCGCAUCUUCAGUUGGACACAGGGUUACCCUGCUCGCCUCCUUUCUCAUGUGUUGAGACUCGAGACUGGCGCUCUCGCGACGUGCUGGAGGGGCCCACUCCAGGAGGGUUGGAGACCGGGGGUAGCGAGAACGAAUGUCACACUACUGAGGAAGACGAGCGCUCUCCGGGAACGCCUGCUGUACAUCGGAAAGAGGAGACCCAACGCUGGCAGUCUCGCAAAGUGUUGGAGACCGGGGGUAGCGAGUGUGAACGUCAUGCUUCGGAGGGUGCGUCCGUGGACACUGACAGCGAGAGUGCAGGAGCUUCGGGGGAAACGCAUGCUGUACAGCGGGGAGAGGAGACUCGACACGGGCCGGCUCGUGAAGACGUGAAGUGGCUCCACGCACGAGCGCUGGUGAUCGGGACGUCCGAAGAGGUUCUGCACAGUCGCUCGGCUGUGGCCAUGACGCGAGAGGGUGUCGUUAAGGGAGGUAAGUGGACGUCCGUGCAAGCUCCCGCUCUUGGCGACAAAGAACCCGCGGUGGAAGCUCGGGUUCAUGGCGAUGAGAAAGGCGGUGAGGUGACUGUCGACAUCCGGACGGAUCCACAGCGGAAAGAUGGUGAUUCUUCGCCCACCCGUUGCGGUGAAGAACACGGUGGUCGAGCGUAUGUCCUGAGCACCGCUCGGGGAAUGGUGCUUCAUGAAGCCAUAGAGUUGGGUAACGACUCGGCAGCCACCGAGCUGGUUAGCGACUCAGUCGUGGCCGAGAUGCAGAACGUCGAAUCCUCCGUGGAAGGCGGUGAGGUGGCCGUCAGCAUCAACAUGGAUCCAGAGCGGAAAGAUCAUGAUUCUCCGUCCACCCGUUGCGGUGCCGAACAGGGUGAUCGAGCAUCUGUCCUCCGUACCGGUCGGGAAAUGGUGCUUCAUUAACCCAUCGACUUGCCAAGCGACUCAGCUGCCACCGAGCUG